AUGAUGAAUAUGACAGUAGAGAUGUCAGGAACUCUCGUCCAAUUCUCCUAUUUUGGUUUCGCUUGCGACUGCAGACUUUUUUCGGCACAUAGUGAAAAGAAAAUGGUAGCGAGAGACCGUUCUACGCGACGGAUGAUGAAUACGUCAUUGAUCCUUAUUCUACUGCGCAAACUAUGGUCUGAUCAAAACGACAUCAAGAAGGGUGCAGUUGCGUAA